GACCGGCGUUGCCUGGUGAAACGUUGUUGUGAUGGCUCGUGUAAGGAGGAGAAAUGCGUACCAUCACGUUUGCGACUUUGAUAAAGGUCCGGUUGUAGCCUAUCGCGAUUGCAGUUUAUCGUAUCGCGACAUUGCUGCUCGCGUUGGUCGACGUCCAAUGACUGUUAGCGGAAUAUGGAAUCGGUGGGUUCAGGAGGGUAAUACGGAACGCCGUGCUGGAUCCCAACGGCCUCGUAUCAGUCGAGAUGACAGGCAUCUUAUCCGCACGGCUGUAACGGAUCGUGCAGCCACGUCUCGAUCCCUGAGUCAACAGAUGGGGACGUUUUCAAGACAACAAGCAUCUUCACGAACAGUUCGACGACGUUUGCAGCAGCAGGGACUAUCAGCUCGGAGACUGUGGCUGCGGUUACCCUUCACGCUGCAUCACAGACAGGAGCGCCUGCGAUGGUGUACUCAACGACGAACCUGGGUUCACGAAUGGCAAAACGUCAUUCUUUCGGAUGAAUCCAGGUUUUGUGUACAGCAUCGUGAUGGUCGCAUCGGUGUUUGGCGACAUCGAAGUGAACGCACAUUGGAAGCGUAGCCGGCCGCGGUGGCCGUGCGGUUCUGGCGCUGCAGUCCGGAACCGCGGGACUGGUACGGUCGCAGGUUCGAAUCGUGCCUCGGGCAUGGGUGUGUGUGAUGUCCUUAGGUUAGUUAGGUUUAAGUAGUUCUAAGUUCUAGGGGACUUAUGACCUAAGAUGUUGAGUCCCAUAGUGCUCAGAGCCAUUUGAACCAUUUUUUUUGGAAGCAUGUAUUCGUCAUCGCCAUACUGGCAUAUGACGCGCGUGAUGCUAUGGGGUGCCAUUGGUUACACGUUUCGGUCACCUAUUGUUCGCAUUGACAGCACUUUGAACAGUGGACGCUACAUUUCAGGUGUGUUAUGACCCGUGGCUCUACCCUUCAUUCGAUCCCUGCGAAACCCUACAUUUCAGCAGGAUAAUGCACGACCUCAUGUUGCAGGUCCUGUACGGGCCUUUGUGGAUACGGAAAACGUUCGACUGCUGCCCUGGUCAGCACAUUCUGCAGAUCUGUCACCAAUUGAAAACGUCUGGUCAAUGGCGACCGAGCAACUGGCUCGUCACAAUACGCCAGUCACUACUCUUGAUGAACUGUGGUAUCGUGUUGAAGCUGCAUAGGCAGCUGUACCCGUACACGCCAUCUGAGCUCUCUUUGACUCAAUGCCCAGGCGUACCGAGGCCGUUAUUACGGCCAGAGGUGGUUGUUCUGGGUACUGGUUUGUCAGGAUCUAUGCACCCAAAUUGCGUGAAAAUGUAAUCACGUGUCAGUUCUAGUAUAAUAUAUUUGUCCAACGAAUACCCAUUUAUCAUCUGCAUUUCUUCUUGGUGUAGCAGUUUUAAUGGCCAGUAGUGUAUUUGGCGGCAAGGCAGCUCAGUCCUUAGAACCAGGAGAUCGGUCGGGUGUGUGCACAAAGUCUGGCAAGGGGACACACUGUGCUAUACCAGUUAAGAGCAGAGUAACACGAGUCCUAAAGUAGCGUUGGUUACCUAAACGAGUGGAGAAAUGAGAAUGGUAACUCUUUGAAUAAAGUAGUACCAUAGCUCUUUCUGGCUUUGUUUGUAUUUUUCUAGAACUCCGUGUCAGAUAAUACAUCACUGUAGAAAAAAAUAAAAGUAAAACUAAACGAGGUCUCUAUUCUCUGUGAGACUUGACAUGCGAAGUAUUUGUGCCGAAACAAAUAGGAAGUUGUUAGAAGAUUAUUGUUCAACAUUUAGAGCUGUGUACCGGUGGGAGCAGUCUGAGGCAGUUGGAAUUCGCUUGCGACGAUCAACGUUGACCGACUGUCGCUUGACAGAUGUCCGCCUGUACGUCGUAGAAGUCCCGGGGGCUCUGUACGAGGACAGCAGGCUGACGAGCGCACUGUGUUGCAGAAUCAGCAGCGAUGGCAGCCAGGGAGGAGGUGGAGCUGGGCGACCUGCUGGACGCGGGUGACGGCGCCGUCGUCACCCUGGUGGCGGGGGAGACGCGGCUGGCUGCCCACAGGGCGGUCCUCGAGAAGAGGAGCCCAGUGUUCAGGUCAAUGCUCGGCAGCAACGACGCAGAAGUCAACGUGGAGAACGUGGAGGGCGCGGUGCUGCGGCAGCUGCUCUCCUACGCGUACACCCUCCGGGUCCCGCAGCAGGUGUGCAGCGUGGCCCCCCAGCUGCUGGCGGCCGCCGACACCUACCAGUUGUCAGAUCUGAAGGACGCGUGCGAGCGGCGAGCGGUCGCGGAGCUGGCGCUGGAGAACGCGGCGGCUCUGGGGGUGCUCGCACUGAGGCACUCCUGCCCCAGGCUCCGGCAGGCUGCCGUUGCGCUAAUUAAGGACAACCCCCGGAAGGUGAUGAUGUCGCAGAGCUGGGAAGAUACAAAGGCCAGGUACCCACACCACCUGGUGGACUUAAUGGCGCUGAUUAUGGAGUCACCAGCAGAAAAGAGCCCGCCGGCCACCACAGGGGGCGGGCCCACACCCGCCAACCCCCGCCGGGCCCGUGGCCGUCGCGGCCGCACUGCCCCCGCAGCUGCGCCGCCCGCGGCUGCCCCGCACGCACCCCCGCCACCUGGCGACGCAGCCACCUCUCGCCUGCGGAGCCUCUCUGCAGAGGAGAGGGACAGGAGGCUGGUCCAGGCGGCUGAGGAGGGGGCAGUGGGGGAGCUGAGGGCGCUGAUCGCCGCAGGGGCCGACGUGGGGGCGACGGUGUGGGGGUGGACCGCCCUGCACUGGGCAGCGGAAGUGGCGGCUGCGCUGCUCGUCGCGGGGGCCGACAGGGGGGCCACAGAUGGUAAGGGGCGGACAGCGCUGGACCUCGCCAGGCGGCACAACCACAGGCGGCUGGUGGAGAUGCUGUCAUGA